UCAUUUUGCCCUUUCAAUUUUUAAGACCAAACCUAACUCAUUUUCAACAUCCCUUAUUUUCAACCUCCGUUUUCUCUCUCUAAACAACAAUGGCGUCCUCCGCAAGGGAAGAGAGCGUUUACAUGGCGAAACUCGCUGAACAAGCAGAACGAUAUGAAGAAAUGGUGGAAUUUAUGGAGAAAGUCGUUUCUGCCGCAUCUGAAGGUGAAGAACUCACCGUAGAAGAGAGAAAUCUUCUCUCUGUUGCGUACAAAAACGUAAUCGGCGCUCGACGUGCUUCGUGGAGGAUUAUCUCUUCGAUUGAGCAAAAAGAAGAGAGUCGUGGAAACGAAGAUCAUGUUUCUGUAAUUCGUGAUUAUAGAUCUCGUAUUGAGAAGGAACUUUGUAACAUUUGUGAUGGAAUUUUGAAACUUCUUGAUACUAAACUCAUCCCUGCUGCUAGUGCUGUUGAUUCUAAGGUCUUCUAUUUGAAGAUGAAGGGAGAUUAUCAUCGGUAUUUGGCUGAGUUUAAGACAGCGGCUGAAAGGAAAGAAGCCGCUGAAAGUACUCUAACUGCGUACAAAGCUGCUCAGGAUAUUGCAAAUGCUGAGCUUCCUCCAACUCAUCCAAUUCGGCUUGGAUUGGCUCUCAACUUCUCUGUCUUUUACUAUGAGAUUUUGAAUUCUCCUGACAGAGCUUGCAAUCUCGCUAAGCAGGCAUUUGAUGAGGCAAUAGCUGAACUCGACACUCUAGGAGAGGAGUCAUACAAAGACAGCACUUUGAUUAUGCAACUUCUUCGUGACAACCUUACCUUGUGGACUUCAGACAUGCAGGAUGAUGGUGCUGAUGAGAUCAAGGAGGCUGCCAAGCAGCCAGACAGCGGUGAACAAGAGUAAGCGUGCUUAACGAUGGAAUUAGGGUUUUAAACUUCUCCGUAGUGGUAUUUUAACUGGAGAAGGGUGCUUGUUUAUGAUUUUAGGGCUUUUUUUCCUUCAUUCUGAACAAGUCUGCUUUGAUUCAGCAUUGUCAACUUUGGUGUCUAUGAUUGCCGUUCUUUAUAUAUUAAUAUGACUUUUCUGUCUCUCUCCA